GCAUCAUUUCUCGUUGACCGAGAUAUUAUCGUUAAUUUUUCAAAGCAUCUCUGACUAUACGAUCGUCCAUGCGAUGUAGUACGGAACUUUCGUGCGUCCAAUUGUGCCGGUUACACACGCGUAUGUUAUAAUGCGCUUACACGCCAUACAGAUAUUAAACCCAUAUGUAUACACAGUGUAGUGUAUAUAAUUGGCUAUUCAUUCGCAGUGAUAAUUGUUAUGUAGACCGAAGUAAGUGGGUAAUACGCGAAUCGCGGAAGUAAACAUUAUUUUUGUACUCCGCAGCACACGCCUCGUGUACAAGUGUAUCUUUGAACCGAAUGAUCGUUCGUCUUGAUGCUGUUUUCGGACAAACGUUACAUCCACUCGAGAAAUGAAUCAACACCGAGGACGGGCAUUAUCCCGCGCGGCAUUCCGGGGCUCAUCUCGGGAUUAACAGUCCGGAUCUACGCCUAAAACUGCGGUGGAGGAAUAUAUUGGCGAACCAACGGGGAGCACCAUGAGGAGGCGCAAGCACAAAGCUCCAUCUCUUUGAUUAAAAAAAAAAAAAACGGCACGAUAAAGCCAUCCGCGGUCACCGGAGGAAUCACGGGGGCGAGCGUUAAAAAAAUAUCGAGGAGGAGGAGGAGGAGGGGCGACGACACGAUGAUGGAGCCGUUGGUGCGGGUGUCCGAGUGCGCGCGCCCGAGGAUCGAGAUAGUGCGGGUGCCGUCGACGGAGCGCGCCGGUUUCCGGCCCCUCGACGGUGUACAGCUGAGGGCGGCGUACAGCCACGUGCGCGUCGGCACCUACUGCCCCGAGCCCCAACGGCCGAUUGCCAAGCCUGAAACCGGCGCCACGAGGAGGACCGAGUCCAAACCGCCCGUCGAGCUUCAGGCGCGCAAAUACAAAAAAAACUUGGGACCAGUGUCGAGACUGCUUAGACGUCGCCACCACGCGACGAGCCUUGCGACGAAAUCCUGUGAUAACAUAUACAGCGUGAACAAGACGCACAGCUUCUUCGAGUGGAAACACGGCCACGAUCAAGGUCGACAGAGCAGUAGCUUGGACUGGCGAGUUGGCCGUAGCAUAGACAAAAUAAACUCGAGUAAUUUGGAGUACCGGAAGGCUUCGCGUAGCGCCGAGCAUCUCUCCAGGAGUGGUACCCUUCAGACUUCGAGCACCAAGUCGAAAAUCGUGUCGCUCCUUAAACGCCUGUCCCCGCGUUUACCCCGACCAAACGGCAAAGGAUCGCUCCCCUCCUCCCCGAGCAUAUGUCCUUGGGUCCAAGUCGAGUACACGAGCAACGGCGUCGACGCUCGGGACGGCCAAUCGCAGCCACAUACCCAACUGGAGAACGACUACAGCUUCCAGCGCGAGCUUCAGCUCAACGAGAUGCGCAAGAGGGCCAUCAAAGCCAACGACUCGGCCAAAAAAGAAGCAGCGAGCGACGCAAGGAUGGUAACGAAAGAUAAGAAAAGUCUACGCGCUUGUUCGCCGCCAAAUGUACAGAUACGGGAUUUGAAUCCAAACCUGCGAGCUGCGCACGAGGAUCGCGGGAGCUCGGAGGAGCGACGCGCGGCCGCGAGGCCCAACAGCGUUAGCACCACCGGGGCAGCGGCCGACUCCAGCGUAGGCAGGCGCGAGGUCGCGGGCCUCCUCAAUCGGCCCGACAGCCCUGGCGCUUCCCUGCCCCGCACCAGCCGGCGCUCCAGGCCGCACUCACUGGCCGUCCAGCCGCUCAACUACCAACGCCUCGACCCGGACCAGCAGCUCCUUCGCGAGCACCAGCGCCAGGUCUUAGCGUCCGAUAGGGUGCCGCCACCGCCACCGAGGGUUAAUAUCGUCGUGGCCCCGGGCUCGGGCAAGAGAGGGCCGGAUCCUGGCGGCAAGCAUCCAAGCAUGACCAGCCAGGAGAGCAUCGGCAGCUGCAGCCUCGACGUCGAGAAAUCCGCCUCCGACCGAUCAGAUGUAAACGCGGGCUCUCUGUCGGAGCGUACGCUGCACAGCCUGGCCCUGUCCGCGUGCAACGGCCACGACUCGAGCCUCGUCAUAAGCGGCGCGGAGCCGGCGAUCCGCGUCACCCAAGCCUGCGGCGAGCACCUCGCGAGCAAUGGCCACGGCAGUGCCGUCGAGCCAACCGCCACAGAGCCCACGAUCGUCGCCGACAACGGUAGCACGGAGCAGCUGACGAGGAUAGACGCUUGCACCGAGAGCUGUACGUCGUCGUCGAAGAAGCCGAGCUAUUUGGGCCUCGCUUGCAGUAUAAGCGGCUACAGCGGCAUCACGAGGUACGACAGCAAAUUACGCGAAGGAUUCCGCUCGAGGGACAGCAGUCCCGGUGCCAGGCUCAUCGUCAGGGACACCAGUCCGGCCGGUUUCAGAUCUCAAGACCCCAAUCAGAGCCUGACCGCACAACCAAAGAGCCAGUCCAUAUCGCCCUUAGCGAUGGAUCGCCAGUGCAACGGUCUCGCCAAUGGCGUGCGCGACGCCAAGUGCAGCAGCAAGUACCUAGACUCCAGGACCGCCAGUCCGUACUCCUCGGACGGCUACUCGGAGGUCGACCGGGGCAUCGCUACCGGCAGGGACGAGUCCAUUCUCGAUCCCGUGCACACCAGCUCGCCCAUCCGAAAGGUCGCCGGUGGAGCCGGCAGCCCCGUAGCUGCGCGCAUCGCCUCCUACAACCAGCAGAACAACUCAUUUCUGUCGACCUCAUCGCCAAAGUGCUUCAAUGUUUCGCACACGUCGCACAACAGCUCGUCCGGCGUAUUGAACGGCAGCUCCUCGCUGGACCAAGACGCCAGCCUCUGUAUCCUGAACGCGAGCUCCGGCAGCGAAAAGUCCUUCAUCCAGCAACGCGUCGAGCGCCUCUACGGACCAGGUGCUCUUGCCCAAGGGUUUUACAAGCGCGGCGGCUCGCCCCGUACCAACGGCAGCAAGCUCGCGGCUCUUAACGCCAGUUACGGCGUCGACAAGUCCAUCAUCGGUAACAAUAAUCAUAAUAACAACAACAACGACACGUCCGUUGUAGACGAGGCGACGUUGCGGGACGAAGAGGAGUCGCUCAGGAGCCUGCCUGUGCUCAGACACCUGCGCCCCGAGUUUCGGGCUCAGCUUCCCGUUGUCAGUCCGAGGAGGCCGACCGACGGCACCGAGCAGGUUGUCAAGCCUUUGAAGAGAAUCUCGAUUUCGUCUCAGAAGACCGAUACCAAAGAAAAUAAAGAAAACGCGGUAAAGCAGAAAAACGAGCCAGUUACGAACGGCACAAAGAUGUCACCGAGCAUCGUGAAUGACGCUAAUCAACAGCAGCAGCCUGCUGUACCAGAAGUUGUGCCUGCUACGAAGUCUGAUGUGCUAUCGCAAAACAAUGGAAACGCUCGAAACGACAAGCCAGAACGGAGUGAGGAUCAAGAAAAGGAUGGCCAUUAUUACGUGAAUUUACUCAACAGAGAAAAGAGUAGACUGUUGGCGAUGUCACAGCAAGCACAAGACGAACUCGACAGUUGCACUGAACUCGGUAUUUCAGAGGACGUUGCAGGCAAACUGAGGUCUGCCAUUGGAAAAACUGGACUACUGACUGGACAAAGAAUGCAUCAGUUCGAGGGUCUAUGUCAAUUGAAUAUCAACAAAGUGCCUCACGAACAGUUUCCAACAACCAAUGAAGAUCUUGCUGGUUUUUGGGAUAUGGUCAUGUUACAAGUCGAUCAAAUCGAUGGCAUGUACGCGGGUAUUGAAGCAAUGAGAAAAUCAGGAUGGCAAGAGGUACCAGACAGGCCAGCAGUACCAGAGCUAAGAUCAGUGCCUUCAACGCCACAGAAUGGCACUUCCGCGAGACGACGUCAGACUCCGGCCUCGAAAGCAAAGUCAAGCAUGAAUACCGAGGCAGCACGCAAGGCGCGCGAAGCUCGAGAGCAAAAUCGCCGUCAAAUGCUCGAAGAGAGAAGACGCGCGAUGCGUGCGAACGCCAACAAAUCUACGGACAAUGCCAUCGAAAUUUUCGCUCCCGAAACGUAACAGCAAUAGAAAUUAACUCUACGCGUUUACAGAUUGGAUAAGCGUGAGUGAAUCAAUGGUAAUAUUUAAUGACGUUAAGCUUCGCAAAACAUCGAUUUGUGUGAGGCAGCAGAAAAUCGAGCGUAAAAUUUUUUUAAAGAUUUUUAUAGGAACCUUUUUUUCAAGUAAAUUUCGCCAACGAUAGAAGAAAAAUAUUUUUUAUAAAUUUGUGGUGAUUUUAUUGUAACACUUGGUUUAAUCAAACGUGCGUGUACGUGCUGCUAGAUAAAAUUUCUUUUUUAUUAAAGCUGGCUAUUUUACCGCGUUGAUGUUGAAAUAAAAUCUUGUAGUAUUAUACGGAAGCUUGUAGUCGCUACAACUCACAUAAUACGUUCAGAGCUUCCAAUGUGAUCGUGCAAGCACGAUGUUCAUGCUGUCUUGCAAUUACAUGAAAGCGGAUAUUUCAAUAAAGUAAUAAACAUAGAGCUCAUGAGCGAGAUUGUAUCUUACAAGUCUCAGUUUUUUAAUUUUAAAAUUUUUUAUCAGCAAAACUGGAAAGUUACACGGCUGGAACGCAAUUUUUUUACGAGUCUCCACAGUUUGUUGUCAUCAGCGCCAUCUAGCGGACGAUUAUUUUUAAGAAAUCUCAUGCCUCCGAAACCCUAUAUUUUGCCUGAUGUGAUUGAGUACGUUCUAUGUUUGUUAUUGUUUUUUUAGUGAUCGGCAGUGCGGGUGAAAUUUUCUAUAACUAAAAAUUUAUAGUUUCUACAAUAUACAACAAUUACAAUAUAACCUCAAUCUUAAGGAUAAACAUAGAUUGUUUCUUAGUUAAACACAUGCUUUUUCCUAUCUUUGCUCCAGAAACUCGGUUAUUUUUUACACUUAAUUUUACACUUCCAAGAUAGAAUGAAUAUCGUACUCAUUGAGUGGCAUCUACAAGCUUCCAUGACUAGCAUACAAUUUUUGUAAACUCACAAAUAUUGCAUUAUUUUCGACAUUAUGAAUGAAUGUGUAAAUACAGAAAAAAAAAAAAAAAAAAACAAGAAAAAUGCGAUAAACACGACAAAUCACACAUAAAAUAAUACUCUGGUGCAUUGUAAUUGUAAAUAUUCAUUCCAUAGGCAUUUGACAACUGCAUUAGAGCUUGUUUUUGUUUUGUGGUUGUCCACUUGGGUGAAUUCCUACUAUUUUUUAUUACGUUUUAAAUAUAAAACUACCGACGUACAUGUAUGUAAAACACGCAAUAUCCAUACCCACACGUACAUUAGAUAUAGAUACGACAAGGUUCUUACUUUUUUACUGUCAGUCAUACGCGUAAUUAAAUUAAUACUUUAAUAAUACUCAGCUGGUGAUUGAUAUAAUGCGUGAGGCACCUUGUAUGGUGCCACCCCCGAUUAAAGAAAUAACGUAUCAUUUCUGACGGAAAAAAAUGAAAAUAAAUCAGUUUUGUGUGUCUAAAAUCGUUGAAAGUUACGGAACAAUUUGGCCUUGAACGCUGUGCAAAUGUGAAAAUGAGUUGAAAAUUGUAUAUAUACAAAUCACGAGUGUAAUAGGCAAUGUAGACCAUAUUUUUUCCCAACUAGUUUUCUGAUUAGAUUUUAACAAGUUUUUUUGACAAUUAAUCAUUAUCGUUUACAUUUUAUCCUCUUUACGGCUAAUUGUUUUUUUUUUUUUUUUAUUUAGUUUUAUCAAGCAGUGCUUUUAGUUAACGCUUGAAUUUUAUUUUUUACUUUUGAUGAUUAACGAAAUAACGUAUCUGCGUACAACACGGUAGACUUACGUACAAAACAGAUCUUGUUUAUAAAUUUAACGAGGGCCGAGGGAAAGAGGCUUCGUGGAGCCUUGAAAAAUUUUUUUGAUCGAGCAACUAGCUCGCUUCUUGUCUUUUUUUUUCUUUCAACAUACAAAUGUAUGAUUAUUCGUUAAAAAAAAAAUCAAGAGAAUAUUAGAUCUUGCCGAGGCACACAUGGUCGCACGACGCGCGAUAAAUUAUUUGUAAAAAAACAUUGUAUUGCAUAAUUUGUAAUAAAUUUUCGAUCGGCAUUAACCAAA